AUGUCUCUUCGCCACAUCCUCAACGACGAGCCACAUACUGCGCAUUCACGUCAAGCAUUCGCGGCAACGUCCAGAAUGCCCUCGGGCGAGCCACCCGUAUUUCCUGAAGAUAGAACCUUGUCUCCCCACCCUGGUUCUCCAUCUCCGCCAUAUCUAUCACCUCGACAUUCCCGAGAACCUCUUAGCAGUAGCAGAACUCACUAUCGUUCAUCUGCCCAGAAUGACCUCAGCAGAGAUUCUCGCUCCGGGGAUUGGACUGCCGAAGAGCAUCCGUCAUAUCCUAUCGAGCAUCGGUCUUACUCCUAUGACGAAGACAGUUCUGUGGUUCCUGUUGAACCUCAACACAACUACCCACCGGAGGGCGAAUCGGAUGUUGUAUCUAAGAAAAGACGCAAAGGAGGCGAUAAAAUGAAGUACGCAGUCUUUGAACCAACAAAUCCGAGACGGAUGAGUUUACGCAAGAAAGUCAAGGAAACGCGUCCUGUUUCACCAUCAAAUGAAAGUGACGACGUCAAUAAGGUUCAUAAUUCAACAACAGGCGCCGUUGAAGAAGUCACGCUGGAUUCAUCGGAUCUGGAGGACUGCAGAGAAAUAUGGGCAGACGACCUUCGGGAUUAUGCUUUGGAGACUAAACAACGCCAACAAUCCGUUGCACAGUAUUUCUGGGCUAGCAUAGUGGAGCGCAACUCAAUAACAGCGCUCAACUUGUCUCGCCACUAUUCCUCAAAGAUAGAAAACAUCCCAACAACUCCUCCUACUCCCCCACUUGCUCCAGCAGGUACCAGUUUUGAGGACGAUUUCGAAAAUAUGACAACCGGUGGAAUGAGAUCUAAUGGCCAAGAGCGUGAUCAUCAUAGACGAUACAAUUCCAGCGCUGAGGAUGCCGCUCUUGAGUUCGAAAGGUCUAUGUUGCAAGAUUCCCCCGGGCCUCAACCGAAAAAGAAAGGUGACAAGAAAAGACCUAUGCGAAUUUAUUUGCCACCUACCGUCCCUGGCGAUGAUAACGACGAAAUAAAACCAGCCCAAGAUGCCCCAGGACCUUCCGCUAAACGGCGGAAACUAGACAAUGAAACGCCUAGUUCAGCCGCUGGUAAUGGAAUGGAAACCCCCGUUAAUCAGGAAUCGGUGUCCUUGAAACUUUCCAUUUCAAAACUUAAAGGGAAGGGAAAGCAAGUGCAGAGAGAAGCAAGCCAUGAUAGCGUAUCUGUGACACCUAAGACCCGAAGAAAACCAGGGCCUAAGAAGAAGGGUGGAAUUGGACUCGAGCUCGAAAAUGAGCAACUUUCACGGCCAUCGUCUAUUCACGGUGACAUAACACCUGCAGUUUCAAGGCCCAACUCUCCCGGGCCCGCCAAUAUAACGAUGGUAUAUGAACUGGAUGAAACGAUACCCCCGAUGAAGAGAGCCAAGAAGGUGGACGAUGCCGCAAUGAUGAAACGAAUAAAGUCUUUAGAAGAGGCACAGCGGAAAGUCUGGACAAAUAUUGCUAGACGUGAUGUCGCAAAGGUCUACAAAUAUCAUGUGACAGGAUAUCAGACGCGGCAAUCGCAGCUUGAACGCAUAGCAAAACUGGCUUCAAUGCAAGCCAGAAAACCAUUUACGAGAACGGCUAAAGCCAAUAAAGAUUUGCAGGCAAAAGCCAAGCGCCUGAUGCGUGAAAUGCAAGUUUUUUGGAAAAAGAACGAAAAGGAAGAGCGAGACGUGCGAAAGCGUGAGCAGAAAGAGGCAUUGGAUCGAAUCAAAGUCGAAGAAGAAAAGAGAGAGGCUGCACGUCAAGCUCGUAAACUUGAGUUCCUCAUUUCGCAAACUGAACUUUAUAGUCACUUCGUCGGCAGCAAGCUCAAAACUACUGAAAUCGAAGGAGACUCUGAAGAAAUUCCGUUACCCGCUGGCGCUCAUGUUACAGAUGCAGAAGACCCUCAAAAUCUCCCUGAGAUUGACUUCAAUGACGCCGAUUCUACCAACUUACACCGCCAUGCUCGACACAAUGCACAAGAAGCGAUCGCUCUGGCCAAAGAACGGGCGUUACAAUUUGAUGCACAAGCUGCUUUGGACCGGAAGACCAACGAAGCAUUGAAACUAGCCAAAGCCCAAGCUCAUAUUCAUGAACCAGAAUCAGAAGAGGCAACAACAACGUCUACAGCUCCCCUUGUCGAUUUGGACUCCGAUGAAUUAAACUUCCAGAAUCCAACGUCGCUUAGUGGCCCUCUGACUAUCGGCCAGCCCAGGAUGUUGAUGGCUCAAUUGAAAGAAUACCAGCUGAAAGGUCUCAAUUGGCUUGCAACUCUUUAUGAACAAGGUAUAAACGGCAUCCUUGCAGACGAGAUGGGUCUUGGAAAGACUGUACAAUCAAUAUCUUUACUGGCAUAUCUAGCUGAGACUCAUGAUAUCUGGGGCCCAUUCCUUGUUGUUGCUCCUGCCUCUACGCUUCACAACUGGCAACAAGAAUUGACCCGUUUCGUUCCUCGCCUCAAAGCACUUCCCUAUUGGGGGAAUGUGAAAGACCGUGCUACCCUAAGGAAAUUUUGGAGCAAAAAGGAGAUUAGUUAUGAUCAAGACGCUCCCUUCCAUGUCUUGAUCACAAGCUACCAACUUGUCACACAAGAUCAACAAUAUUUCCAACGGGUCAAGUGGCAGUACAUGAUCUUAGACGAAGCACAAAACAUCAAAAACUCGUCAAGUGUACGAUGGAAGACUCUGCUUGGCUUUCAUUGUCGCAAUAGGCUUUUGUUGACCGGGACCCCCAUCCAGAAUUCAAUGCAAGAGUUAUGGGCUUUGCUUCAUUUCAUCAUGCCCAGUCUCUUUGAUUCACAUGAUGAAUUCAAUGAAUGGUUUUCAAAGGAUAUCGAAAACGCUGCUGAAAACAAAGGCAGCAAAUUGAACGAGCAUCAGCUUCGUCGUCUUCAUAUGAUCUUAAAACCAUUUAUGUUGAGGCGUGUGAAGCGUCACGUUCAGAACGAACUCAGUGAAAAGAUUGAAAUCGACAUUUACGUGGACCUGAGUCCCAGACAGCGCAAUCUUUACGCUGGUCUAUUGGCCAAUGUAUCCGUAGCAGAUCUCCUUGAGAAAGCUGCUAACAUCGGCGAUGCCGAUUCAGCUCGUUCAUUGAUGAACCUCGUCAUGCAGUUCCGCAAGGUUUGCAACCACCCAGAGCUGUUUGAACGUGCUGAUGUUGUUGCACCCUACUCGUUCUGCAACUUCGGAAGAUCAGGGCCUUUGAUGAGAGAGGGUGACUUCUUAAUGCUGCCUUAUUCCACCCGCAGUCCGAUUGAAUAUUCAAUACCCCAACUUCUGUAUAAAGAGGGAGGCCUCAUACACGUUCCCUCGGAAACCUCGAUUGCUCCCUCUCAGAGUGGAUGUUUGGUUAAAUUACUAAACAUAUGGUCUACUGACUGGAUCCAUCGCUCUUUGUAUGAGGACGAUCAAUCGUCUUUUUCAUUUCUCCGUUUCCUGAACAUGACACCUACAGAAGCUCACCGUAUUCAUAAUUCGCCUCUCAUUCGUCGACGUUUGAUGGCGCUUGAGGUUGAGAGUUCACUUCCUGACAUUCGAUAUUCUACGGAUCCCGACUUUUCUGCUUAUGAUUCAGUUCAUUACCUUCAAAUAUCAUCUUUCCCAGUUAUUCCUAAACCUGACGCAUCAUUGGUGCUUCCUGACUUGUUGUCGAUUUCUCGUUGUGCAUGGCAAUCGUCCUGUUUAUCGCGGCCCGCAAUGCACUGGUAUACCCCCUCCGCGGUUGCACCCUCAAUUUCGUUGUAUUGUAACGACCGCACCUUCCUUGAAUCUGAGGCUCUUGUUAAUGACGCCCCGCUGGAAACUCUGGCUAUGUAUGGUUUACCUCAUGACAUUCGUGACUCAGAACAAGCCUGCGACACCUAUGAGAAACUUCUUCCAGGGCUUCCUCCUGUUGGCUUAGUUGGUAUCUCCCCAUCUGACCAAUUACCUGCAUCGACUAUGCAAGUCCCAGAGGCAAAAAGCUUGAUCUAUGACUCGGCAAAACUUGCGCGUCUUGAUAGUCUUCUGCAGGAGUUAAAGUCAAAUGAUCACAGAGUUUUGGUAUACUUCCAGAUGACCAGGAUGAUGGACCUGAUGGAAGAAUAUCUCAUUUAUCGCCAAUACAAAUAUCUGAGACUUGAUGGUUCCUCAAAACUCGAGGAUCGAAGAGACAUGGUCAUUGACUGGCAAACUCGGCCCGACAUUUUUGUGUUUUUGUUAUCUACUCGCGCUGGUGGCUUGGGUAUCAACCUUACUGCGGCAGAUACUGUUGUGUUCUAUGACCAUGACUGGAAUCCGUCAAAUGAUGCACAAGCCAUGGACAGAGCCCAUCGCCUGGGCCAAACACGACAAGUCACAGUAUAUCGCCUUAUUACGAAGGGUACGAUCGAUGAGCGCAUCGUCCAGUUGGCCAGAGUUAAGAAAGACGUUCAAGAUAUCGUGGUGGGAAACAAAAACUUCACCGAUGUCACCAAGCCUAGUGAAAUCGUUCAACUUUUGCUCAAUGACGAACAGCUUGCAUCCCUUGAAUCGAACAGGUUACCGGAUGGUCGAAAAGACAAAUCUGAUGAUAGUGGCAAAGAAGGCCAAGCAACUGUUCGUGAUCUUUGGAACGAAGAAGGCGAUGAUUUCUUCGGUCAUACAGCGUCAGCCCCAACCGAAAAGCCAGAUGAAGAAAAUACUCCAGCCGUUUCUCAGUCAACCCGUGGCAAGCGUCGCAAAGUUGGUGCUACUGGCGCUACGCGUGGACGGAAACCUGGCCCGAAGAAAAAGAUAGCCUCCAACAACGUUGAUAUUCCGUUGGAAUAA